AUUUCAGCCAAUGCCAUGUCGGCCGAUGUGACUGUUCUUGGUGCGGGCGUGAAAGGUGACGAGGAGGCGCCUGUGGAGCUUGAGGGUGGAAGUUUGCUCGAGGAUGGUGGGGUGAAGCAGGAAGCGCAUUUUCAGCCCAGCUUUUGUCAAGCAGUUCUUGCUUGGCGCUUUUCGCUGCUGCUCCUUUGCAACUGCCUGCUGUUUUCUUCUGUUUUGGGUGUUUAUUCGCGGACGUUUGAGGUCUUGAGCUCGAAAGUCUCUCGCAGCCAGCAGCCUGUUCCCCUGACUUCAGAUGUCAACGCCAUGGCUGCCAUAUCUCACACAACAGCAGCCCCUGAGUCGAGGCCUGCCAUAUCUCACUCAACGGCGCACAUGAUAGCAGCCGGACGGCAGGAUCCAUCCAGCAUUCCCAAUGCGACUCUGAACACCACGCCCUGGGUGGUCCAUCGAUUUGCGAAAGCCGGAGUUUCGCCCCAUAUGUGCCUCCAGUGCCUUAUGGUUGGACGCUUGUUCAUGCCAGUCUUGGAACUGCAGGUGGAGUACGCCAGACGCCACGGCUACGAUCUCUACACCUAUACUGAUGAAUCGGAGCAACCGGAUAAAUCACAUGCAAUUCAUUUUUGGAAGAUGAGAUCAACACAAUAUUUGAUAGAGAGUGGCACGACUGGGUGCGACUACAUUUUUUGGAUGGAUUCAGAUGCCAUUAUCAUGAACAUGUCCUUUUCUCUGGAAAGUCUCAUCCAUUGGGACGGAAUGGAAGACACUGACAUUGUGUUGGCGGCGGAUACGCUGGCCGCGAAUCUGGCUCAAAGCCUUUGGAAGUUCAACCGAUUCACGCACCAGAUUUUGGAAGAUUCAUGGAACAUGGGCAGUUCUGCUCCUUUGGUAGAGACGGGGGCCUUUAAUGCAAUCCUCGGAGGAUGCCAGCCAGAAAGCAGUCCAGAAGAAAAGCGUGCUUGCUACAAGAAGGUGGACCGCUGGAAAGACCGCGCAUUUGCGGAGGAAUAUUUCUAUCCAGGAAACAAUGCCAAAAUCAAAGAAGUGGUGGUGAACAAGAGCUUGCUGCCCCACAUAAAGUGGGUUCCCAAACGUGCUAUCAAUUCCUAUCCGUUUGGUUACUAUGGAGGUCAACACCGCUGGGGCGAUCCAGACUUUAUAGUGCAUUGUCCCAGCGCUAGAGGGAAGACCAUUUUUUUACCCCAGUACAUCGAGCGGGGCCUGAUAAAUGCCGGGCUGCGCCCUGAUCCAGCGGCAGACGCCCGCAGAGAUCCCAGUGGUGUGCCCAACGCCACCAGCAGUACCAGGCCCUGGGUCAUUCACCGAUUUGCCCGGCCAGGGGUGUCGCCCCAUAUCUGUUUGCAGUCACGAUGGGUUGAACGGCAUCGUCGGCGGCAUAACAACGACAACGAGAUGAAAAUGCAGGAGCUAAGAAUUCACUAUGCCAAACUUCAUGGCUAUGACCUCUACAGUUUGGGAUCCGAGCCAACAAGGCCCAGGCUCACCCGAAGGGAGUCGACCCAAUUGUUGAUUGACAAGACGGACUGUGACUACAUCUUCUGGUUGAGCGUCGAUGCAGUCAUCGUGGACAUCAACUUCGAAAUUGAGAGCUUGAUCAAGUGGCAAGGUGCCAGCGACACAGAUCUCGUAGUGGCCGGGAAUUAUGCUGUAGUGAAUUUGGUCACAGCACUCUGGAAAUCCAGCAGCUUUAACCGCCUCCUGUUGCAAGACUUGCUGGAAAUUAUGCCGGUCAAUGAAGGCCGAUCAGCCACUGCAUCCAUGAGCGCCUUGCUGGGUGGAUGUGGGGCCACAAGCAGCGAAGAUGAGAAGGAUAUUUGUCGGGCCAAAGUUACUCAGGAGGAAGGGUCACAUAAGCCCGCCGUCUUGCCUGUUAUGGAGGCCAUUCGGAAUGGAGAUGGUGUGGCUUUAGGAGAGCUGGUGGUGAACAAAAGCUUAUUGCCUCACAUGAAGUGGGUUCCGAAGCGGAUCAUUGGUGCGCGCCCAGAUGAACUCUUUGUUGGGAAUUUCGAUUACAAUGAGAGAGUUCGAGGAGUUUUCCUGGUAUAUUGUGGUGGAAUCAUAGGAGGCAGAUUCAUCCCCAAAUUCUUGCCGUCAGCACAGAAGAAUGCGGGCCUAAAGCUCUGAGACUUGUCUGGCCGUCGAAUUUGAUCCCACGUCGCUGAUCCAAAGAUGAUCUCGCAGCAUGCCUUGAAGUCAAACGCCCUGUGCUUCAGCACC